UGGUUUAGGUAAUCAGUGACGUUCAGUCACGAACUGGUUUGUGCAGGUUUGUCCAAACUUGUCAAUUUGACACUUAAUAGUCUGACAUCGGUACCGCAGCAUGUCGAAAAUGAUUGUAACAAAAGUACUACCGUCUUGUUUUCCAUACUCUCAGUAUGCGCAUUCUCGCACAGCGCGAAAAGUCUGGAAAAAUCUUAGCGCAUACUGUUGCAGGUCACUCCAUGUGGACAGUUCGCCCGGUAUUCCGUCAGUUAAUUGCAGCUAUGUCCACGGCACAUCAUCUCUACCUCUCCUGCCCCUCACGGUUGGACAGAGCUUGCAGAUCGCUGCAGAGAAAUGGCCGGAACGUGAGGCUGUGGUUUUUCCCAAGUCAGGCGUUCGGAAAACCUUCAGUCAGUUUCAGGAAGAUGUGGAUCAGGCGGCUGCAGGGCUCCUCGCGCUGGGCCUGAAGAAGGGGGACCGGUUGGGCAUUUGGGGACCCAACACCUACGAGUGGAUCCUCUACCAAUAUGCCACCGCCAAAGCUGGAAUCAUCAUGGUGUCAGUGAACCCGGCCUAUCAGGUGAAGGAACUGGAGUUUACACUGGGGAAGGUGGGGUGCAAUGCAGUACUCUGUCCAACCCAGUUCAAGACCCAGAUGUUCUGUGACAUGCUGCGACAGAUCUGCCCAGAGCUGGACACAGCAAGCCCAGGAUUCCUCAAAAGCUCCAGGUUGCCAGACCUGCGGAUGGUGAUCGUGAUGGACAGCCGCCAGCCGGGCAUGCUCCACGUGGACGACGUCAUGCAGGCGGCAGGCAGUCAGCAUCACCAGGAGCUCCAGAGUCUCCAGGCCCAGCUGUCCUUCGACGACCCCAUCAACAUCCAGUUCACAUCUGGGACAACGGGCCUGCCUAAGGGAGCCACUCUGACGCACCAUAACAUCGUUAACAACGCCUACCUCCUGGGCCUUCGCACGGGCUACGACUGGAGGCCUCAGGUCCGAGUGUGUGUCCCUGUGCCCCUGUACCACUGCUUUGGCUCUGUGCUGGGGGGCAUGUGCCUGGCACUGCAUGGCGUCACGCUGGUGUUCCCCUCGCCAGGGUACGACGGAGUGGCUAACCUGGAGGCUCUUCAGAAUGAGAGAUGCAAUUUCCUCUAUGGCACUCCUACCAUGUUCAUUGACAUUCUCGGGCAGCCAGAUUUCCACAAAUACGACCUGUCUUCGGUAGAAGCUGGAAUCAUGGCUGGGGCCCCCUGCCCUCCUGAGGUCAUGAGGAAAGUGAUUUCAGACAUGGACAUGCAGGAGAUGAUGGUGGCCUAUGGGACUACGGAGAACAGCCCCGUGACCUUCGUGGGCUUCCCUUAUGACAACGACGAGCGCAAGACAGAGACUGUGGGCUGCAUCAUGCACCAUACUGAGGCGAAGAUCGUGGACCCGGCCACAAGCGAGAUGGUGCCCCUGGGCGCUUCUGGAGAGCUGCUGAUCCGCGGGUACUGCGUGAUGCAGGAGUACUGGGAGGAUCCGGAGAAGACCAAGGAGUGCAUCACCAAGGACGGAUGGUACAAAACUGGAGACAUUGCCAGCCUGGACAGCUUUGGUUACUGCCGCAUCGAAGGCCGCAUUAAGGACAUGAUCAUUCGUGGGGGCGAGAACAUCUACCCAGCAGAGAUAGAGCAGUUCCUUCACACCCACCCCAAAGUACAGGAGGCCCAGGUGGUGGGGGUGAAGGACGAGCGGCUGGGGGAGAACGUGUGCGCCUGCAUUCGUCUGCGGGAGGGGCAGGAAUGCACUGCAGAGGAGAUCAAAGCCUACUGCAAAGGCCAGAUAUCCCACUUCAAGGUUCCCCACUACGUUGAGUUUGUUACCAGCUAUCCACUUACAGCCUCCGGCAAGAUCCUAAAAAACAAACUGAGAGAGAUGAUGGAGAAGAAGAUCCACGUUUGAUCAAAUUUUGAAUUAUUUCAGUCAAAAUGAUCUACUAACAAUUGAUCAGCAUGCUUAUAGACCAGGCCACUCUACAAAUACAGCAUUAGUACAUAUGACAGAUUUAUGGUUAACACACAUGGAUGAGGGAAAAUUAGUCGGUGCGGUGCUCCUAGAUUUCACAGCAGCUUUUGAUGUUAUUGACCACAAUAUCUUGAUUUUAAAACUUGAAAAGUAUGGUUUCUCACCCUUAGCAAUUGCUUGGCUGAGAAGCUAUCUCUCCUGUAGAAGUCAGCGGGUAUUGUUCAAUGGAAGUAUGUCAGACAGAAAUACAGUAUCUUGUGGUGUUCCACAGGGUAGCUGCUUGGGACCUCUUUUAUUCUCAAUUUUCAUUAAUGACUUACCAUCUGCUGUUGGAAAUGCUAAUGUGGUGAUGUAUGCCGAUGACUAUACCUUAUUUACCUCCUCACACACUGUAGUUGAGCUAGAAGAACAUCUAAACACUGAGCUACAAAACAUAAUUAGAUGGGUGAAAAUGAACAAAUUAAUGCUGAACAUAUCUAAGACCAAUUGUAUUGUUUUUGGUAAACGGAACGCUCUUGCUAAAGCCAACACAUUGAAUUUAUCUAUUGACGACAUACCUAUAGAGCAGGUUACUAAAACUAAACUGCUGGGAGUGAAGUUGGAUAAUUUACUUUCUUGGUCCGAUCAAAUUGAUGAUAUUGUCACAAAAAUGGGGAAAGGUAUUGCAAUGGCAAGAAAAUGUGCAACAUAUGUUUCAUCCUCCAUAAUGAUUGAUGUCAUUAGGUCAAUUGUUUUGUCACAUUUGGACUACUGCCCUGUUGUUUGGUCAAGUGCUGCUGGCAAAAAUAUUAGAAAACUUCAGGUUGCGCAGAAUAGAGCAGCCAGACUUGCUCUGCAUUGCUCAUUCCGUACAAAUGUCUUUGAGAUGCACAAAAAGUUAUCAUGGCUAACUGUUGAAACAAAAUCUAGGUACCAUCUUUUGAGAUUUAUGCAUAACUCAGUUUGGAAGAAAACACCUCAGUUCUUUUCCAAUUGGCUGAUACUAGCAGGUGAUUGCCAUAGGUAUAGAACUAGACAAGUGACAAAUGGGUUUUUGGGUGUCCCAGCACCAUGCACAAACUGUAUGAUAAGAACUGUACUCUACAGGGGCUCUAUCAUGUGGAAUAGGCUCCCGUUGGACAUUAAAAACAUUGAGAACUGUGUUAGAUACAAGAAGUCACUUAAGCAACAUUUUCUUAAGUUAGAGUCAGGCAUAUAAGCUCUUGUGUGAAUGCUUGAUCUUGUCCAGUUGCGAUUAUGGUGUUGGCUAGACUGUUUGUGUUUUUAAUAAUAAUGGAAUGUAAAUGCAAUGUAACAUUUUAAUAUUUGUAAUGUUGAAAUGAUUAUGAUUUUACUACAGGACCCCAGGGAGACUAGCGACCCCUUUGUGGGGAAGCUAAUGGGGAUCCUAAUAAAGAAUAAGAAUAAGAAUAAGAACACACACACACACGAGUGAAACAGUUACUGUUCCUGCAAGGGGGUCUCGGGGAAGGGUUUUUUCACGGCAAUAUUUAAAAUCCAUUAUUUAACACAUUCCAAUAAUGGCUCAGUGUUGGGCUGUUCAUCCUUACCACUCUGACAUUUAUACUGUGAACUGAAUGAUUGAAUGAAUUCGGUUUCAUCACUCUGUACCUGUCAACAAAAUAAAA